UCAAUACUACCUUUGCUCCUCGGUCUGCGUUCAAAGCUCCUGCGGGCAGCAAUAAAUAAGCUGGUGGCUGUCACACUGAGGCGCGCCCACUUAGCGCAAGUCGGAGACUUGGCCUCAGCUACUGCUGCCCUAAGGCGGUGCCUGGACUUUCAACGGGACCUUUUGGCACAGUUUCUGAAUCGCUCAAUGAAUGAGGCGUCUGAUAAGGUCAUGGUAAAGAGACGAUGGCUGAUUCUAGGACUCUGCAGCAUCCCACAGCCCUAUCAUUGCCACAGACACACUUGAGCAUUAGGCCUAUGACACCAGUGAGUCUGUCCUACCCUCCUACUGGCCUGAAAACCUGCCAGAUGGCUGACCUUAUUGCUGGUGAGGUUCCUGUUGCAGAAACUAACUUUGCAGCAGUCCCAAUGGAUGAGGAUGAUAAACUAGAAUGUGAUUGUGGAUGCUCUAACACCAAACCUGCAACCCCCAUGGAAACUGAAGAUGGAGAGCCUUCAGCUACUGCCUCCAAAGAGGGAAACAUACGUUCAUCAGAUUCUGAAACAGAAGCUCCUGUGAAACAAAAGCUGCGUAGGAAGAAAAAAUUGGUGAAGAAGAGACCUCAGUAUUUUUGGUGCAAUGACAACUGUUGCCACAAUUCAGAGGAGAACCUUUCUGAAGAUGAGGAGUGUCGCUACGAUUCAUGGUUGUCAAGCAGGUCCUGGAAGCCACAUUGUAGGAAACUAUGCUGUCUGUCUAGUGAAAAUUGGUCAUCUUGUGAUUGCCUGACACCAAUUUCAGGCAGCCCACUUACUGCAAGGUGGUGUGCUUUACUUCAUCAUCUGAAAGUGGGGAGGAGGAAGCCAUGGAUGGCCUUGUGCUUACAAAACCUGAAGAGCCAGCCCCAGCUGAGGAAAUCGACAAGCUGGUACAGGCCUUUGAGAACAUGCACCUCCGAGAUGUCAACAUGUCCUGCAUUUCCUGUGUGUGUACACUGAUGGUAACCAAUAAAAGACAUUUGUUUUAAA